AUGAAUAUAAAUCCAAGAAGACCUACAAAGAAGUAUGUAUUUGAGCCAAAAGUUCCUCAGUCGCAAGCAGAAGUGGAAGUACAAAUUGAAAUGCCUUCGAAAGAAGCAACAACUAACGAAGAGUUUUCCUUCAAGAAGCAGGGAUGGUGUGUUCCUAGCACCAUAGAUGCAAGCAUAAGUGAUGAUAAAUUUGUGUUUAAAACCCAUCAAGCUGUCCUACUUUCUAUUCCUGAAGAUUUACAAGUGUCAAAAAUAGUUUUAUAUGAAGAUGGAAGUUGUGGGCUCAAGGUUGGAGACAGUGUUUAUCCAUUCCUGGCCAGGUUUGUUGGAGAAUCUGUGCUUAUUGAGCAUGAUGAUGCGGCAUAUAAUGUAGGAAAUGCUAAAAUUCAUUUAAUACCAUUAAUAGAAGAUGGCAUAGACACUAAAUAA